AUGGUCGAGUUCUGGGACGAAACAGACGCGCAACAUGCGGAAGAGGCUAUGCAUUGUGCCGAGAUCCAGGGCCAAAACAUUGCGGUCCAGGUCUACCAGCAGCGAAGAACCAGUGUUGGCGGGGCGGCCGAGUUCAGCCCUAAUGCACCCUCCUUCGUGCCAUCAGGUUCAAUGUAUAGCUUCCAGCCACCCGCGCAGUAUUCGCCUCCGCGUGGAAGUCCAUACCGCAGUCCUGUUCAUAGCUUUGUGCACGGCCCUGGCCAGCAAGUUCAACUUGCCCCAGUCUCUGGACCCGGCUCCGCUAGCCAUAGCGGCCUGAUAGACCCUUGCAAUCUCUUUUGCAAGAAUCUCGAUCCUGAAAUCGAUUCUAAUGAACUUUUUACUGUUUUCCGUCAAUAUGGGCAAAUCGUGAGCGCACGUGUCAUGCGAAAUGAGAAUGGCGAGAGCCGUGGCUUUGGUUUCGUCUCCUUCCAAUCUCCAGACCAAGCUGCGGCCGCGAUGCAUGCGAUGAACGGCGUACUGUUGGGCAGCAAACAGAUUGUGGUACGGCUUCACGAGCCCAAGCAACUCCGUCAAGAGAAGCUGGCUCAACGUUUCUCUACUGGGAAUGGUCAUCCAAGACACUCGAGUGGAGCAACCAGUCCGACAGCGAGUGAAGGUGGUGAAAGUAUUGCAGGAUGGAGCCCGCGUCAUCUUAAUGCGAGUCUGGGCUCACCUGUCCAGAGUCAUUAUGAUCGCCCUGAACGUGGAAGGAGAGGCUCAGGCAGCUAUUACAAUGCAGCUUUGGCUGGUACUCUCAAUCUCCCAAUGCGCUACGAUGAUCUUUAUGCGCUUUCACCUGUUGUGAGGCACGAAGUCCUUACUGGUGAAAUGAGCCGUCGUGUUCGCGGUCUCGGACCUGCUGUUGUGCCUACGAAUGAAGUGGAUGCAGUUGUCGAAGCGCUCAUCAGCAUAUCACUUGCUGAUGUUGUUCAAUGCAUCGAGGAUCCGAAUCGACUGGCAGACCAAAUCAGUCUCAUUCGCAAUUCGAUACACGCGAAAUCUUCGUCUCGUCCAGCCAGCAAGUCACCUUCACCGUCAGCAUCACAAGACUCACGCCUGCUUGAUCCAAAUUCCCUUGCUGCAACAGCCAGUGCGCCAGAGCAUCCGUCUACGCCCAUUUCGGUCAAUGCUUCUUUGUCCACCCCUCCAAGAACUUCAUCGCCUUCUGGUUCCGUACCGCCUACAUCCGAGCGCGACAGGAUAUUUGCGGCUAUUGGAAAACUCGAAAGCACGAAGCAAAACGAACUAACAGAACUUUUGAUGAGCUUGCCCAAGAGGGAGCGGGCAAUGUGUCUGUUCAAUGCCGAGGUCCUCCGUGCAAAGCUCGCAGACGCAAAAUUAGUCCUCGAAAGUGACGAUGGUGAAGGAGAUGAAUCCCCCCGUAAAGAGACUGUGCAGCCAGUACCAGUCACUCCUCAAGCAAAAAAGACCUCGACUGGUUCAGUGGCUUCACCACAGACCCCCGAUCUUUCAUCACGUGGUCCCAGCGCAACCGCAUCUCCUGCACCUACUACCCCCAGUGUAGGCUCAACGGGUCACACCAUUACAUCCUUGUCUCGUUUGCCUGCAGCCGAGAUUGUCCGUUUGGCUACAUCUACUGCUGGAUCAAGCCUGCCGAUACCCAAGGCUGACCCCCUUGUCGUCCAGGCCACGGAUGAUUUCAUAGAUGGGUUGCUCGAUAAACCACCUGCCGUGCAAAAGCAGCAGCUGGGUGAUAAACUAUUCAAAACUGUCAAAUCAUUUGGGAUCAAGUCGGCUCCCAAAGUGACGAUUGCCCUCCUUGAUCAGGAGGACUUACGUGCCCUCGCGCAUCUUAUGAACAGCUAUCCAACUGUGCUCAAGGAUAAAGCACAGUCGAUCGUAUUACCGGCCAAGUAA